AUGUGUCUAAAAGCCCUCUUCUUAUUCGCUCUAGCUCUGGCAGCAACAAGCCUCGCCGCAUCCCCACCGCCGCACAAGCUAGCCAGCAUAACCAUCCCGCACGAUGCCCACUCUACCACGGCUCCGGACGCAGCGCAGGUCGCUGCGAUGCUCAACCGCCGCGCCACGGCCGACGUGCGCGAGUGCAGAUCCUCGGUCGACGCGCUCCGCAUGGCGCUCCCAAUUCCGCCUCCGGAGCUGGCGCGCCUAAUACUGGACCAGGCAGACAGCAGCAGCAGCGGCGACGGCGGUGGAGGCAACACAGCGAUCUGCACCUUGACGUCCAUGUCGUUGACGCGGCUGGCCGAGAUUGCAGAAAAGUGCAACGGCGGCGGUGUGGUCAGCAACAGGACCGUAACGGAUACGAUGAAGAACACCACCACUACCACGACUACCGAGGAGCCGUGCGCAGCCAGUCAGAAGACGGGGCAGGAGAAUGCGGCACCUGGGAGAGUGCAGGGGCCGACGGCAGAUGGUGUUGUCGUCUCCGGGUUGGUGUUGGUUGUUGCAUUCUGGUUGUGCAUGUAA